GAAGGGGCCUGGGGACCGAAGGGGGCCCUGUGGCGGGCUCUCUUGGCCGGUUCGAUCCCCGGGUCCGGCCGGUGCGCUCCGGGGCUGCCCGGGAUCGAGACGCGCGGGUUUCUACGUGUUGCCCGCUCGGCCGGGCCGGGUGAAUCACGCCGCAGCCCGGGAGGGGGGCGGAGGCGCCGGCUCCCUGGCUCCGGCUACGUGACUCACCCGCCCCCGCCGCCGCCGCUUCGGGAGGAGUCGCCUCCACUGCCUUCCGGAAGCGAGCGGGAGGCCGGGAGGGCAGAACAGCUCGCCGGGGAUGCCGGGCGGCACGACCCCGAGCGGCAGGCAGAAAAGAGAGCCGGGACGCAGGGCAGUGUGAAGGGUCGCGAGGUCCGAGGGGCCGGAAUCCCGGGGAAAGCCGGCCUGGGUACCGCUAGGGGGCGCCGGGGGUGCGGAGUCGGAGACGAUGCUGAGCAAGGGCCUGAAGCGCAAGCGGGAGGAGGUGGAGAAGGAAGCCUUGGUGGUUGACGCCUGGUGGCCAGAUCCCAGCCACGCAGCAGUGGCACAGGCACCCCCAGCUGUAGCCUCCAGCUCUCUCUUCGAUCUCUCGGUGCUCAAACUCCACCACAGCCUGCGGCAGAGUGAACCAGACCUUCGGCACUUGGUGCUGGUGGUGAACACACUGAGGCGCAUCCAGGCGUCCAUGGCACCCGCCGCCGCCCUGCCCCCUGUACCCAGCCCAUCCGCAGCUGCUGGCGUGGCCGACAGCCUGCUGGCCAGCUCAGACGCUGCCCUCUCGGCCUCUGUGUCCAGCCUCUUGGAAGACCUCAGCCACAUUGAGGGCCUGAGCCAGGCCCCCCAGCCCCUGGUGGAUGAGGGGCCACCAGGCCGGCCUGCUGGGGGAGCCCUACCUGGCCUGGGUGCCUUGGACCUGCUAGGCCCCGCCACUGGCUGUCUGCUGGACGAUGGGCUCGAGGGCCUCUUUGAGGACAUCGACACCUCCAUGUACGACAGUGAACUUUGGGCCCCAGCCUCCGAGGGCCUCAAACCUAGCCCUGAGGAUGAGCCGGGCAAGGAGGAGGCUCCAGAGUUGGAUGAGGCCGAGCUGGACUACCUCAUGGACGUGCUGGUGGGCACCCAGGCUCUGGAGCGGCCUCCGGGGCCAGGGCGCUGACCCCCAGGGCUGGGAUGGUUGUCUGGUGUACAAAUUGAGCCCACUGGCUGGACAAAUUCUCCUUGCCAAGAUACAGCUGACUUCUCUGGUAAAAGGGAGAUGCAUGGGCCAGUUUGGAGAGACAGAAUCCAGCCCUGGGCAACUUCACAUAUGUCCUCUUGUUUCAGGGCUGCUGAGGGAGUCUGGGAUUUGCCCCUAGUGAUGGAAUGAUGGGGCCUGGUGGCUGGAACAUAAUUGGAUCAGGCCCAGUGCUGGGCUGAACUGCUUGGGGCCGUAGCCUGGAAUAGUCUUUCCCUGAUGUGAGAAGAGACCCCAACCAGCUUUUUGAAAUUAAAACCAGUCUGAGAAAUCUCAA